AUGUUUGACUCUGAAUAUUUCAAGAAUCUUUUGAAUGAGACAACAGCACUUAUCAACAAGAAGGCAGAAGGUACAUGCUCUGAUGAUGCCGAUAUUCAGAUUGAAAGCAACAUUAUGACUCUUAAGUAUCUAGCAAAUGACAUAUCUGACAAAGACGUCCAAAAUAAGAUGCUGAAGAGGAUAGAUAUGCUUUAUGCUGAACCUGCAGAGUUUGAAGUGAGUGAAGUUCAUCACCGGAUCACGGGUGUGAAUAAAAGCAAUGAGCAUUCAGAUAGGAUAGAAAGGGAUAUUUUGAAAUAUUCUCGACAGCUCCAUGGUAAAGCAAAGAGAUUUCUUGACAGUUUGAGGCUUGAUGGAAGCGUGCUUGACGAAGUGACAGGCAAGAUGGUGAAGAAUCUUGCAGGGACGAAUUCUGCAUUAAGGUUUAUGAAGAACGAGCAAUCCAGCAACAUUUCUGUGUUCCAGAUCCUUGUUUCUGCAUUGGUUAUAUUUGUUAUUAUGUACUUUAUAAUAAGAUUUCUUUAG